AUAUAUAUUGUGCUUUUCAUAGCCCCCAUCCGGUCUUACACUGUCUGGGAUACUUCUGAACCAAUUCACUUGAUACCGUCUGGGGUAUCAUGGAGUGAACUUUACAAUUUUAUCUAGCUAGUUCUUACAAAUGUGUCAUAAUACACCAUCCGAUCUUUUACUCUGCCUGGGGUUUUUGAGAGCAACUUGCUACCUUGAAUCAAAACACCCCAUCUGGUGUUGCACCGCAUGGGGUCUUUUUGAACCCACCCACUGAAUACCGUCUGGGGUAUCUUGGGAUGAACUUCGUACAUUGCUUAGUCAGCCGUCUAACUACUACAGGCGGAUAAUUCCGUCUGUGGUAUCUUUGAAUGAGUUUAUGAAUAACCGACUAACUUAUGCUUUUGCCUUUUUCAACUUUAAACACAUUCGUGGAGUUGUCCGCCUGAGGUGACUUCAAGCCAUUUUCCACAUACUAAGCUUCACAUUUCAAAGGUACCGUCUGUACCCUCUUCAUUCUUCUCUUUUAAUUUCCGGUUGUGCAUAGUAGUUAGGAUAUGGACUCCACCAAUAUAAACACGGCAUACCAACGACAGUGGUUAGCCGGUCACCAGGGACGGCUGAGUCUAGGACUGGGACUGCCUUCUGGGGGUGCUUGGGACAACCUUCACCUGCUUUGAAUCCGACCGUUUAUGUUCAUGUGCAGGACAGAAUGGCCCGGACUAGAUGGACGACAGUAGAUCCUGAUUACAAGUCCGAUGAUGCAGCCGUUGAUCCGGCUGACCCUUUAAAUGAAGAGCAGACGGUGGAACCGUCUGAGAGAGUUCCAAACGAGGGUACUUCGAAAGACUCCCCGGGUGUACCCAGCACACCGGGUGAUAACAUUUUGGGAAGUUCUGGUUCUAAUGCCGAGGAAUCCGGUGAAGGAUCCGGUGAGGGAUCGGAUGAUGAAGAGUCCGGCUCUGAUGAAGAGUCUUCUGAAAAGGCUGCCCCUAUUGAUGAGGGGGCCUAUAAAUAGCCAGCUAAGGGGGAUCCAAUCGAUAUGACUAUGUCCGCCAGGGAUGUGGUCACUUUAAACGCCACACUCCCUGCUUUCUUAAAGAAGAAGCCGGUUGGGGAGAAAUGGGAAGCGGUUGUACCGCAUGUAGAGGCAAGCGUCGUUUGGACCAACGACGUGGACAAUGUUGACAACUACUUCGGCUGUUACGAGGCGGCAUUCACAACCGGCCUCCGGUUCCCCUCCAUCACUGCGUAAAAGCCAUAUUAAGGGGAUAUGACUUGGGUGUAUGGCAGUUGACCCCUAACUCAUGGGUCAACAUUUUGGGAUAUAUUACCGCCUGCGAGUUGCAGGAUGUUAGGCCAAGUUGGGAAGCUUUUGAGCACAUGCACUAUCUCAGCAGAACGCCGGGUGGGUGGAAUGCGUGGUAUACUUUAGCUACGCUCCUGGAAUAUAUAAUGACUUUGGACAAGCCGUCCAAAUGGAGUAAGUGGAAGAGCAAGUUUUAUGUCGUCUCUUCCCCAUCCCCCCAACUUAACCACCGGCUGCGUAGAUACAAUAAGCAUUCGACUUUGCUGGGUAGGAAAUGUGCUCUCCCAAAAGUGCCGGCUGAGGCUUGUGACCAGAUAAUGGAAAAAGGCCUCUUUCUUAAGACAACAGCCCGACUGGAUGAUGGGAGUGAAAUUAUAGUCCCCCAAUUCUGGGGUUCCCCAUCCGGAUUGGUUUAAGGAUGAGUGCUUCUUGUCUCUUUGUAACCUUAACACUAUGUUUACUAAGGGUAGGUUGCUGCAUGACCGAAUAUUUACCGGAUGCAUAUGUUUAUCAGAUUUUUAACCCUGUAUUUUUCCUUUUUGCAGAAGUAGCUAUAGGAAUGGUGCCUCCGGAGAAGACACCUGCUACAUCUGCUCUUCUUCUAAGGAAGAAGCAGAUUGAAGAAAAGAAGGCGGCACUGGCCGCAAAGAAUGCCGGGGCUGGGAGCCAAGUCAUUCCUCGCUCUUUAGCGAGCAUGCAUAAAAGACCGGCUGGAAACAUACCUCAGCCGGCUUCUAAGGCACCAAAGGUGGCUGCCCUGGCUGCCUCUGGUUCGAAGAAAAUGCCUGACAAGGACAGGCCUACUACAGCAGGGAAGAGCCUGCAAUCCAUUCCCCACUUCGAAAUGGUGGUGAAAGAAAUAAGGCCGGCUGUUCGUACCCAGACGGGUACGGACUCAAAUGCGGCUGGGGGGGCUUUGACCCCACAGUCCGAAAAAGGUAAAACCUCUGCCUUUGAUCCCACCUGGCCGCUUGGGCAUAUGAGAGUCAAAACCCAAGCAAGCCAAUCCGGGAAUUCUUCUGGAUGCUGCCUGAGUAUAGGCGGAGCGUAUGCCCAACAUCUUACAGAUGAUUCUAUGAUUGCAGAUAUUUCCUCUAACCGUCCAAAUUAUCAACAAUAUGCUAAGAGGAUGGUCCGGGCUCUUAUCCGGUCUGAAAAAGAGGUUGUGUCAGCUGUGCACACGGUUAAUCUUGACCGAAUCACUUCUCUCCUUGUUGAGGUAUUUAAACCGGAUGACCUAUGCUUGAGCAAUGAUCUUUAUUUACCGGAUGCAAAUGUUUUGUCUUGAUUUUUCUAACACUCUUCCCGGCUGAUAUCACAGGUGAUGCUGAGAGUGGAUGGGCUUAAUGUCCCCUUGCAUAAAAAGCAGGAGGAGGUAAGAGAUGCUCAGAGACGCGCAUCUGAGCUGAUUGAUGUAUGCCAAUUCAAUGCUCUUUCAUUUGACUUGGAAACUAAACAAAAGGCGUUGGAACAGGAGGAAGCACUGAGGCAAGAAGUUGCGGCUGGGGAGGCUGCAAUGAAGAGAGUUGAUGAGCUUGAGUUGAAGGUCAAAGACCUUCAAACUGAUCUUAAAGCUCUGGAAAAUGCCGAUAAAGAAAAUACUAAUCUUCACAAGGACGUCAGCCGGCUAAAGAAUGAACUUGCUACUAAUCAGGCGGCGCAUAAGGAGGCGCUGGAAAAAGAACAACUCCGCAUGAUUGAAGAUAAUGAGGCUGAUUGCGAGGAGCGCAUGAAGCUGGCCUGGAACCUCAUCCAUCCGGAUUUUGAGUAUGAAUACUUCAACCUUCGAUACCUUUAUACCUCUGAAGUUUAUGAGGCUAAGGUACUCGGCGCUGACCCUCCUCCCCCUUUCGAUGAGUGGGUUGAGCGAGGUGCGGAGAUUCAGUCGGAUGAGGCUGAUCAAGGGGCACCGGUUGGAGACCAGCCGGAAGUCACGGUGGAGCAGUCGGCUGAAAUUCCAGUUGAGCCAACCCAACAGCCUGAGCAUCAGCAAUCUCAACAGCAGCAACCGCAACAACAACAACCUUAACAACAGCAACAAUCAUAAACAAAUUUCAUACCAGCCUGCGAGCCGUGUAGGUAUCUGUACUUUUCCCGGACAUGGGUCCGGUUAACUUUUAUUAAUUCUAAUCUAUUAACCGACUCAGUCGGUUUUGCUUUUUA